ACGAAAGACAGCCAGCGGUAUCAGGCCUCGUUGCUCGUUCGUUGGGCGCAGGAAGCGUUCAGCGUUGCCACGAACGUCGAACAGGUGCCCCCACCUAAUCACCGCGGUGGAGGUGCGUGUUGGAUCGCUAUGUGCACCUGCGAGUUUCAUCGCUGCGCUACUAGGUCAUAGGUUACCACGAGUCGUCAUGUGACACCGUCGACGACCCUAUCAACAUUGUUCAGUUGUGACUGUUCCUUUAUUUGCCACCCUCCCUAAACCCCCCCUCCCCUCCCCCACCCUCCGACCCUUUCUCGAUACAACCAAGCGAUAAAACAUUCUACCUCUAACAGGUAGCACUGCUGAAAGUAAUGCUCAAAACAAUAGACAUCGUCUAGUACACCUCGUGUUAGCAACAAAUAGAUCAACCUAGUGACACGUCAACAUGUUUCGUUCCAAGAUUCGUCUUCACACGUGCCGUGUUAUUGUUAUCACAUCUCUGGUAUGGUUCCUUGUCGGUGUAAUGGUGCUAAUGUUUUACUCCGAUUGUAUCGGCGGCUCUGGAUGGGGCUGUCCUGACAAUAGGCAGACUGCGACGCACCACAGAGAGCCUGAAGCAGCUGAGCUGGUCAGACGGGAUGUGGAGACGUCUGAGAUCAGUAAGAAAAAAUACAGACAAUCUGAUCUGCAGUUGUGGAUGCCUGCUAAAGUCGUUAAAGAGUCUAAAGGCAGUCCCGGUGAACUUGGAUCUCCGGUUCACAUUCCAUCGGAGAAGGAUGCCGAGCAACAAGAGCUCUUCAAGCUUAAUCAGUUCAAUCUAAUGGCUAGCGACAUGAUUUCGUUCAAUCGAUCGCUCAAAGACGUUAGGCUUGAUGGAUGCAAGAAUAAGAAGUACAACAAGUAUCUUCCGACUACUAGUAUUGUUAUAGUUUUUCAUAACGAAGCUUGGAGUACUCUUCUUCGUACUGUUUGGUCCGUCAUCAAUCGAUCUCCGAGAACUGUUCUGAAAGAAAUCAUACUUGUUGACGACGCCAGUGAACGAGAACACUUGAAACAGGAUCUCGAAGACUAUGUAAAAACCCUUCCAGUCCCCACAUAUGUAUAUCGCACUGAGAAGAGGUCAGGUCUUAUUAGAGCUAGACUGCUUGGGGCAAAGCAUGUUAAAGGACAAGUAAUUACGUUUUUGGAUGCUCAUUGCGAAUGUACAGAGGGCUGGCUGGAACCGCUCCUGUCACGAAUCGCUGACGACAGGACCACUGUAGUGUGCCCAAUUAUAGAUGUGAUUAGCGACGACACGUUCGAAUAUAUAACUGCCAGUGACAUGACGUGGGGAGGAUUUAAUUGGAAAUUGAAUUUCAGAUGGUACAGGGUUGCUCAGAGAGAAAUGGAACGGAGAAAUGGAGAUAGAACAGCCCCUCUUAGAACGCCGACGAUGGCCGGAGGAUUGUUCUCAAUAGAUAAAGACUACUUUUAUGAACUUGGUGCUUACGACGAAGGUAUGGACAUAUGGGGUGGAGAAAACCUAGAAAUGAGUUUCCGAAUAUGGAUGUGUGGUGGGACAUUGGAAAUAGCGACAUGUUCACACGUUGGACAUGUAUUCCGUAAGUCAACCCCAUACACGUUUCCUGGUGGUACAAGCAAGAUAGUCAACCACAACAAUGCACGACUUGCAGAGGUCUGGUUGGACCAAUGGAAAUACUUCUAUUACAACAUUAAUCCAGGUGCGCGUAGCGUAACUGUCGGUGAUGUUUCCGAGCGUUUGAAACUGAGAGAAAAUCUUGGCUGCAAAAGCUUCCGAUGGUAUCUUGAAAAUAUAUAUCCAGAAUCUCCAAUGCCAUUAGAUUACUUCUACCUAGGCGAUGUCAAAAACGUUGAAACUGGAAACUGUCUUGAUACCAUGGGCAGAAGAACGGGCGAGAAUGUUGGCAUCAGCUAUUGUCACGGUCUUGGUGGUAACCAGGUAUUCGCCUAUACCAAGAGGCAGCAAAUUAUGUCAGAUGAUAUGUGCCUUGAUGCAGCAAAUCCACAGGGUCCUGUAAAAAUUGUGCGUUGUCACGGAAUGGGGGGCAACCAAGCAUGGGUUUAUAAUGAUGAGACAAAAUUAAUUAAGCAUACAAACACUGGAUACUGUUUGUCGAAACCACGACCAGGAGAACCGACUCAGCCAGUGCUUGCUAUAUGCGAAUCUCACAAUCCUGGUCAAAAAUGGAUAAUGCAGAGCAAAUUUAAAUGGCAAGCCAGCUAAUACCGGGCAGUGAACGAAGCCAAGAAUAACUUGCAAUAAUUGUUGAUCCAUUAACUAAAUUAUGACACAAGGAAUCAACUCUCGAAUAGAGCUUUUGAAAUGGAACCAUAAGCAAAGUUCUUAUGGCUUCUGUGUAGAUCACAAGCGGAUAGUGAUGCAGUUAAAUCAUUAAAUAAUAAUGAAAUGGACUAUAGUUUUAAUCGACCCCUGCCUUCGUCCGAAAGAAGACAAAUGUAUGAGUUGAUGAAUCUUUUAGGGCUUAUUUAGUGUUUAUAGCAGUAAUUUAUUACUGCAAUUUUUUACGGUUUGCCUUAAUAAUUUCGGCCGAGAAAAAAUCACAAAAUUACAAGUCGCUGCGUACAGUAUAGGGUGUUGCGAUGAUCUGUUACAGUGUGCAGGCAGAGCAAUUGAGUAAAUUUUUCACUACGCAGAAGAGGAAGCAUAUCAGACAACUGUUAUAAAUAAAUAAUUGUUGACAUAGACAUUAAAUGAGACAUAUUUGUUAGUUUGGGAUGAGUGCAAUGACGAAGUUUGUUAGUUCUGUCCUCUAAAUUUUGAAUGGAUGCGAAAUAAACACGUGUAAUUGUCACAGAUGUCUUUAACCAGACAUCGAAGUGCAAGCUACGUCAUUACUUGUUACAAAGUACAGUUAAGUACUCGUUGUUAUAGUGCAGAAAAGGAGUUCUGGAGCUUUGUAUCAAUAAUAAUCAAACCUCCAUAAGAAUCUGCAUUUAAACGUUUUAAGAUAUUGAUUCGGGGUUCUUCUAAAAUUUAGAGCCCGACAUAGAUCGUCGUUAACGACCAUUAAUAGCAAAAUUAAAUUUCCCGUGAUAAAUUCUGAUUUCUCUUGUGACUGAACAGUUACAUGCUUUUUGUACUGAUUUAAAAUAUUAAUUACAAGGGAUGUACACGACGAUAGAUGAACACCGGGCAAAUAAAUAUUUAACUAUUGGCAAUAACCAUUGAAGGUAUUUAGAUACGUUCAUUUGUAUUUGUUUAUGAAUAACAUCGUGUAUGAUCUUGAAACUCUUGAUAUUUGAUGGAUCUAUACAGCUCGGCAAAUUUUUUAAUACUUAUGGUGAUGGUGCAACAGUUUACAAUUUACAGCUUGAAUAUAUUUAAUUAUUCGUUUUAAGACUGCAGUAUUUAUUUUUGUACAGCCCAAGAAUUGAGUUAUAUAAUGUAGGUAAAAAAAAGUAUGAAGGAGCUAAAUUUUUUAAUGUAUUUAAUCUUCUCGGAUUCUUAAGUAGUAACUUUGUUGUAGCUCUAUAUACGAAGAUCAGUAUUUCGUGUACCCCCUCGCAAUCUAUUGAUGCCUGGUAAAUCGGAAUUGUUGCUAUCCCAAUACUGCAGAUUGAUGGCCAUUCAACAAGCCUUAGCAUUUACGGACAAUGUUCAAUUAAACGGCCGGUAAACCCAAGAUCGUUGCCACUGUAAUCGUACCGCUAUCAACCUUUGAAUUUUACAACGAAUAUUUCAAUUUUGCUGCAUUUUUCUUACCAUUUCUAAUUUAUGAGGUAUCAAUCAAUAAUCCAUGCUGCCAUGCCAUGCCAUGCUGUGCUGAUACAAAGGCCGUUAGAAUAAUACGACUUUUGAUAAUUUAAAAAUAUUGCGUUUCAUUACUUUCACACGGUGAUCAUGUAAGGUCGCACGGCAAAAAUUUUUAAACCUUCGAAUUUUCAAAAUAAAUGGUACCCAUAGUAUGUGUGUGAAAAAUCUAAUCUUCACAUGGAUCACCCAUUGCUCAGUUGAUCUUGUACCACAGUGUUUUCAACUAAAUCAAAGCUUUUCUUUGAAGCAUUCUUAGAUACUAAACUAGAAAACAUUCCUGACAUACAAAUUUGCUGAUGCUAAAUAGUUGAACAUUACGUUUAGAACUGUACAAGAUGAAGUAAAUGACUUUUCGUUAUUGUAAAGUACCUAGAUUAAAGGUUUAUUGUAAAGACUGUUCAUUAAGUAUUUGCAUUGCAAACAGCUAUUGAUAUUGCAAAUAUUUUCGCAUUACUUCAUACAUUUGUAGCUUGCGAGUGAGUCUGAUAGGCAGUGUUGAGGUAAAUCUGAUAAAGUGAAAAAAAAACUGUUAAACAAUUUCAACAAUUUUCUAUAUUACACAUACAUAUAUGAAGUAUGUUCCAUUUAAGAGCGUGAGACUUUCCUCCAUUCCGGUACACUUUCAACUAUAUGACAUUAAUAUAAAUUGUCCAUUGCUUUGUAGAGAAUUAUGACAUAAUAUACAAUACAAAUCUUUGUUAUACAUCAAAUUUUUCCUUUUUUCAUGUAUUAAUCAGAAAAAAUUGAAUUCCAACUCCCGAAAUCAAAGACUCAAUUCUCAUAUUUCUGUAAUUGUUAAACCGACUUAUUCCUUAUUUAAUACUAUUUCGAUCUCGCUGGCGACAUUUUUGUGCCUGAAAUUGUUGUAUAAUUGUGAAAGGAUUCACUUAGAAAAACAUAGUAUUUCAAUAGGAUUUUAAUGACAGUACGGUAAGAGUGAAAACAAAACUGAUUACACCAACUAUCCCGAGGAUGUAUUUUUUAUUAAGCACAUCAGAACAUUACAUUGACUUCUAGUGGAAUUGUGUAAACAUUAAACAAAGUUGAUGCUGCUUUGAACUCAUAUUAUAAAGUUAUAUGGGGUACAGGAUUCUUUAUUAUUUUAGUUUGUCAAGUUUUGCAUUCAUAUUCAACAACUCUUCUUAAAAAUUGAUGAGUUCAACCCAUGACAGGUAUAUUUUCUGCUUAUUGUCAAGAUUUUAUUUCUUAAAUGUGCUAUAACAUUUCUUCAAACUUCUUAGAGACCAGGUUUAACCUGCUUUAAGCUACUUUAUUAGGCAAUACUCAAGGAUCCUGUACCCUUCGAGGGAAAAUGAGAGGCAAGUUAAAUAAACUGAAGUUCAAGAUUA